AUGGGUGUUGCUGACUUGAUCAAGAAAUUUGAGAAUAUAGCAAAGGAAGGUGAUCCUGUUAAGGCCUCUGAAACCUUAAGAAGCCCUGUUAUUAGAGAGCCCCACGUAAAAAAACUUGAGGUUGUCACCCCAAAGGAAGAACCUAUUAUUGAGGAAGCGAAAGUAGUAGAUGAUACCCCUACUGAAGCUGUUGAACCACAAGAGGAAAGUACUGAGGAUUCAAUUGGAAAGGAAGAACAGAUCCCUAUAGAGACACAUGCUGAGGAAGUUGUAUUGGAAGAAACAGAGGAAUUCACCUCAGCAGAAACACCUAUCGAGGCUGUCACUACCGAAAUAAGAGAAGAAACUUUGCUUCCACAUAUCUCAGAUGAUGAGAAGGAUGAACCUAUUUCAGAGGAAAAUACGACCAACGAUAUUGAAGAACCAAAAGAACCUGAAAACCCUAAAUCGCCAAUUGAAGAGAAGGAAACUCCUUUAGACGAAACAGCCGUUGGAAAAGAAAGUGGUGUAGAAAAUGAAGAGGAUGACACAACAAAAGAUGAGGGGAUAUCUGCGUCUGUCGAGGAAGAUUUAUUAGAGCAAGCAAAAACCACAGAAGAAACUAAACCAAGCUCUGACUCAGAACAAUUAGAUGCGGAACCCAGUAAUAACCACGCCGAGAGUGAAUCUAAGGAGAAUUCAGGCAGUCUGCCUACCAAUGGUGAAGAUAAAACAGCAGCAGAUUCUCAUGAGAAUCUCAAUGAAAACACGGAAGAUUCAUCUACAGAUGUUGAAGAAGAAAACAAGGAUAAUGAAAACCACGAGGACAACCAAAAAGAAGAACAACCUCAUGCAAGCCCUUCGAAAAACAAGAAGAAGAAUAAAAAGAAGAAAAACAAGAAAAAGAAGGGAAAUCAUUAA